AUGAAUUCCAAGCACACCGGGCCUUCGUCAUACACAGCAAAAGCCGAUGUCACGUCUCUCGAUCAAGACCUGCAAGAGCUAAGGCGCAGCAAGUUUUCGCGAGAAUCAAUUGAUGAAAUCAGCCAAUGGAUAUUCGGCGCGGUCCUCAAAGAGCCCAUCCCAUCAGAUCUGCUUCCUGCGCUGAAAGACAGCACCGCACUUUGCCGCUUGGCGAAUGCAUUGCACGAAGCAGACGCUCCAAACAGUGGCCCGCUUAUAAAAUUCAAGGAGUCUAGAAUGCCCUUUGUACAGAUGGAACAAAUCUCACAGUUUUUGUCAUUUGCAAGACAGUACGGCGUGCCUGAAGAUGAACUAUUCCAAACGGUUGACCUUUACGAGGAGAAAGACCCGGCAACUGUCUAUCAAGCUCUAAAGUCGCUAUCUCGUUACGCAAAUAAGAAACAUCCACAUCAGUUCCCUGUCAUAGGGCCCCAGAUAGCUACCAAAAGGCCGCGCCCACCCAAGGCGGCUAAGCCAAAGCAUCUCCAAAGCUCUGGUUGGAGCACAUUAGAGUAUGGGUACAUUAAGGGGGCAAAUCAAUCAAGCGAGGGUGUAGUCUUUGGUCAAAAGAGAGACAUCACUCACUAA